UUGCUGCCAGCUCACAGACGUUUGCUGCAAAGUCAUCUUUCCACAAUGAGUCUCACUGCCAAAGACAAAGCUACCGUCAAAGCUCUUUGGGCCAAGAUCUCAGGAAAGGCUGAUGAGAUUGGUCAGGAUGCUCUUUCUAGGAUGUUGGUGGUCUAUCCCCAGACCAAAACCUACUUCUCUCACUGGAAGGACCUGAGCCCCGGCUCGGCCCCUGUGAAGAAGCACGGAUCGGUUGUAAUGGGUGGCGUUGGAGAGGCUGUCAGCAAAAUCGAUGACCUCACUGGUGGACUCCUAAGUCUCAGCGAGCUGCAUGCUUUCCAGCUGCGGGUUGACCCUGCCAAUUUCAAGAUUUUGUCCCACAACAUACUCGUGGUUCUGGCUACCAUGUUCCCCACCGAAUUCACUCCAGAGGCUCAUGUGUCUAUGGACAAGUUCCUCUCUGCCUUGUCUUUGGCUCUGGCUGAGAAGUACCGAUGAACACUCGCUAGUGCGAUCACUUCAGACGCGUCAGACGAAUGCCAGCAUGAUCAUUCUGUCUUAUAACGAUGCAAUAAAAUGAUCAUGAAAAA